AAUCCGGUCUUUUUUAGAUUCUAAAAAUCCCAACAGUUUUUUUUUUCUUUUUUUCAUAUCCCUCAAAAAAAAUAAAAAAACUUUUAUAUUCCGAUCCGGUCAUGAAAAACAUCACCUCCGGCAACUCACACACAACAUGACGUCACCCUUGUCAUCCACUGCCGUCAUUUUUGUUGUGACAUUAACAUGUUACAUUUUUUCAUCAGCCGAUGGGCUUGGUGGGUCCGCCACAACCAUUUCUAUAACCUAUGGUGGUAAUACUCCCACCAUUUGUGGCAUAGUUGCCGGUCAACCAAGUCAACGUAUCCAAUGUUGGCGAAACGGGAACAUCUUUUCGGUAUUUUCCAACGUCUCUUUUGAGUCCAUCGCAGGUGGUCGUGACGUGUUUUGUGGGAUCAGGUCGGGUGGUUCAACACUUGUGUGUUGGGAUUAUAAUAUCGUCCCAAAAAGACUUUAUUAUAAUGAAUCUGUUCGUCUGUUUAACUUAACGAUAGGUGACACACAAGUGUGUGCACUUAUGAAUUCAACAAAUAACCAAAAUGUUUAUUGUUGGAGAGGCAAUGAUGACUUUGUGAAUCAACGAAAUACGAUUUCGUCUAUUUCUUCGGGUUUGGGGUAUACUUGUGGUGUGAAUGAGACUAAUGGGGUUGUUUGUUUCGGGUCAAAUUCAAAUUUGGCAAAUUCUAUACAAGGUUUGUUUUCGAAUUUUCGUAUGAUAAGUAUUUUUGUUGGUGGUAAUCAUGCUUGUGGAGUGAAUAUAACCGGUUUUUUGAUAUGUAGAGGUAGUAAUAAUGAUUAUGGACAACUUAAUGUACCGAUUCAUUCGCCUUUUGAAUAUUUUGCACUUGCACUUGGUGCUAACCAUACUUGUGCUUUGAGGAGAUUAAAUGGUUAUGUAGAGUGUUGGGGAGGUAGGGCGGGUGUUAUGAAUAGCAAUAUCGAAAGGGUUUCGUUUGAAACUAUAGUUACUGGAUUGAAUUUUACUUGUGGUUUGACAACUAAUAAUUUUUCGGUGAUUUGUUGGGGAGAUGGGUGGGUUAGAAAUGAUUCUAACCCGCUUGGUUUUGAUCAAAUACUUCCCGGGCCUUGUGUUCAGUCUGAUUGUGAAUGUGGUAUAUAUCCGCAAUCAGAAUCACUUUGUUCUGGUUAUGGAAGUAUAUGUAGACCUUGUGAUAUAACUACUUUGGUUCCACAAACUCCGGAAUUAGUACCACCUCCAACGUCCCCAAGGAUUGUUCGUUCAAAAAAGUUGACAAAGGGUUUAUUAGCGUUUGUUAUUGUUGGAUCGGUAGGGGGUGUUGCUGGUAUUUGUACUGUUAUCUAUUGUUUAUGGACUGGUGUUUGUUUUGGUAAAAAGAAGAUACAUAACUCUGUUCAGCCUACAAUAAACGCCCCUCAACAUACUAAUGGUAGCCCGAUUUCAAGGUCUGCUACAAUUAGGCGACAGUUUUCAAGAGGUUUUAGGCGACAAAGAAGUGGCCCAUCUACUAAACAAGCAGAAAAAGAAGAGGAAUUCACGUUUGCUGAUCUUGCUUUAGCUACAAACAACUUCUCUUUAGAAAAUAAAAUUGGUGAAGGGAGUUUUGGUGUCGUGUAUAGAGGCAAAUUGUUGGAUGGUCGUGACGUUGCCAUUAAAAGAAGUGAGGCAACUGAUAAAACCAAGAAAUUUCAAGAGAAAGAAAGCGCGUUUGAUUCAGAAUUGGCAUUCUUGUCUAGACUAAACCACAAGCACUUGGUAAGACUAGUUGGGUAUUGCGAAGAAAACGAUGAAAGACUACUAGUUUAUGAUUACAUGAAAAAUGGAGCAUUGUAUGAUCAUUUACAUGGGACUAAAAACAACGAAAAGAGUCCCAGUUUGUUGAAUUCUUGGAAAAUGAGGAUCAAAAUUGCGUUAGAUGCUGCUAGAGGUAUCGAAUACCUUCACAACUAUGCAGUUCCACCUAUAAUACACAGAGACAUCAAAUCAUCCAACAUUCUGUUAGACGCUAAAUGGGUUGCAAGGGUUUCUGAUUUCGGGUUAUCACUAAUGAGUCCUAUUUCUGAUUCUGAAUUUAAACCCACAAAAGCAGCCGGGACAGUUGGCUACAUUGAUCCAGAAUACUAUGGACUCAACGUGUUGACUGCCAAGAGUGACGUUUAUGGUUUUGGAGUUGUAUUGCUAGAACUUUUGACUGGAAGAAGAGCAAUAUUCAAGAGCACUGAAGUAAACGGCGGUGCACCUAUUAGCUUGGUGGACUACGCGGUCCCAAUAAUCAUGACGGGUGAAUUAGAGAAGAUAUUGGAUAAACGGGUUGGGCCGCCUGAGGAUAAUGAGGCGGAAGCGGUUGAGCUCAUGGCAUACACUGCAUUACAUUGUGUGCAUUCAGAAGGUAGUUAUAGACCAACUAUGACUGACAUUGUGUCAAAUUUGGAAAGAGCUUUAGGACUAUGCAGUGACAGCCAUGGUAGUAUCUCUAGUGGUGUUUCAGUACCUUCAGAUUGAUUAGUUUCCAAUUUCUUUACUUUAUCUUUAAUGAUUUUUGAAUUUUUUUUUAUUUAGUAUUUUGGACUUGAGAGUAUAUUUGUAAAGAUUGUAGAUAUGUUGGAUGCAACAUUUUGCAAAUGCAAUUCUUUGAAGGUAUCAUCAAGAUUCUUGAAA